CAUACCCUAAUGUAGCCCUAUCACCUGGUUGAGUUAGCUUUCUAGCUUCAUGUCCUGUGGAUUUUAACCUUUAACACGGAUUUCAAGGCUUGAUUACUAUUUUUCAUUUUGGGGACUUUCUACAAUGUUUGGGUGAGAUGCCGAGGAGGCUUUGUGAUGAAGAGGAGUAUGACUUCCCCACAGCAGCAGCAGAUGACGGAGUUUUGUUCAACCUGAAGACACUUGAAGAUCCGCUGGUUUACAUUCGCCCGAGGCCUUCAGGGUCUGUAUCUCCCUGUUCUCCACAAAUUGAAUCCCUUCAGGCAGCAGAGUGACUGCACGCUCAACCUGAAGAGGACGAGUGGGGAAAAAAACACAGCUGAGUUCAUGCCACUGAAGUAAGUCAGACAGAGGCCUCUGUGAAACUUAAUAUUUACAGUGAAACUGAGACCCACCACAAACAGAUGACUGAGCGUUCCUCUGGGCUGCCUCACUCUCAGGUGGGAAUGUGCUUACCUGAGGCAAGUCAGACUCUGCCAAGUGCUCCUCUCCAAAGAUACUGAAAGAAAAGAGACGACGUGAGAAGAAGGAGGAAGGAAAGGCAGGAGGGAGGGAGUGUGAAGGGUUUGUGGAGAGCCUUUGAGUGACUCUGUGUCCCAGCACUGUCUCUGUGAGGAGAGAGAGAGGGAGAGAGAGAGAGAGAGAAGGAGGCUGGGAGGAAUAAAGGGUCAGUCCAGGGAGCGUCCUGGAAAGGAGAGGAACUGCUCCUUUAUGUGUGAGCGUAUAAGAAAAAGGGAUGAGUGUGUGUGUUUUGUUGACUUUCCCUGAUGUUUAAGGUUACUGGAUUUGACCCAGAGGACUCAGUGAUAACCCACCACCAUGAGCCGGACCACCUUCUUUGAGGUGAAGAUCCUAGACGCCAAGACCAAAGAGCAGCUCUGUUUUUUAGUAAAGGUGGAGCCACACUCAACCAUCGGAGACAUCAAGAGCCUUUUCCACAAAUCAUAUCCUCACUGGUAUCCAGCGAGACAGGCCCUGAAGCUUGACCCUAAGGAGAAAUCACUCAGAGAUGAUGAGAUCUUACAAAGUCUACCUGUUGGGACCUCGACCACCUUUUACUUCAGAGAUCUUGGUCCACAGUUGGGCUGGACUAUGGUGUUUCUGGCAGAGAGCAUCGGGGCUCUUCUCACCUACCUCCUCUUCUAUUUCCGGUUGCCAUUCAUUUAUUCACACAUUAAUACCUCCAGUUCUCAACCUGUGGUAAUGCUCGCCUGUGCCUGUCAUACCUUCCACUAUGUGAAGAGGUUGAUAGAGACUAUCUUCGUGCAUCGUUUCUCUCCUGGGACCAUGCCUCUCAGGACCAUAAUCAGGAAUUGUGCCUAUUACUGGGGUUUCUCAGCUUGGCUGGCCUACUACAUCAACCACCCUCUUUAUACACCUCCAUCAUAUGGAGAACUUCAGGUCAACUGGGCAUUAGUCAUAUUUGUGAUGUGCGAACUGGGAAACUUCUCCAUUCACCUGACUCUGAAUGCUCUCAGAGGAGAUGGAUCCAGAGGCCGAAGGUUUCCUGUGCCAACUAAAAACCCCUUCACGUGGCUGUUUUACUUUGUGUCCUGUCCAAACUACACAUAUGAGGUUGGAGCCUGGGUGAGCUUUUCUAUUAUGACUCAGUGUCUUCCAGUGGCCUUGUACACAUUAUUGGGCUUCAUUCAGAUGACCAUUUGGGCCAAAGGAAAGCACAGAGCUUACAGCAGAGAGUUCAGGGACUAUCCCAACCACCGGACGGCCAUCAUCCCUCUGAUACUCUGACAGGGAAAAAUACAUGAACUAUUCAACGCACACGAGGAGACUAGGUUCACUCUCAGAAGGUUUUUUACACUCAACAAAGACAUUUCCAGAACUAUGCAAGUUUUUAUGGCAAUGGUGUACUCAGAGUGGAAACAGAAGCAAUAAUAUUGAAGCAAUAAACCGGGGUAUUUAACAUGUUUGUCUGUGAUACACUAAUGAUGAGAUUGAUUUUAUAAUGACUGAGUUAUAAAGUUUAUAAUAAAAGUAAAUACAUCUCUAUUGCUGUAUUAUUCUCCUCUCUAUGCUGCAGUUCAAAAAGGCUUUUCAUUAUUUUUUAUGAAUAAUUAUUUUUAUCACUAGAUGUUCAGUUGUUUAUAAAAAGUAGACAUGGCCACCAUGGCAUCUUUCAUCUAUAUCGAGGAUGAUGCAAAACUAGAGACUGAGAACAUAAAUUCAGAGGGUAAAUGUAAACAGGGAAUAAAUCAACUGAGAAGUUGGACCAUUUUCUCAUAUACUUCUAUACAAUCAGACUGCUUUUUUCAACCAUUGUAGUUGCCCCCUGCUGGACAGUCUAUUUGCAGAUUACAGCUACGUGUUAUUUAGAGUCUUAGGUCAUCUUGGAACUCCCAAGGGCGAAGUUAAAAACCAGAGGCAACGGGCCUUUGCAGUCAGGGCCCUGUCACUCUGGAAUGACCCCGGAGGGGAUCAGGCA